AUAUAAUUAGCUAUCAUGGCAACAAGGAAUUUUGCAAGAUAUGUUUCCCGAAGAUUCUCUAGCGGUGGCAAAGUUCUUAGUGAGGAGGAAAAAGCUGCAGAAAAUGUUUACAUCAAGAAAACUGAACAAGCGAAAUUGGAGAAGCUGGCACAAAAGGGACCCAAGCCAGAAGAGAAACCAGCUACUACCUCAGGGGGUGGAGGUGAUGCCAAACCAAGUGGCUCGGCCCCAACUGCUGGAGCAUCAACCGAGAAAGUAUCAACUGACAAAUACAGAAACUAUGCAGUUGUGGCAGGUACUGUAACUGGUCUUGGUGCUCUGGGAUGGUAUCUCAAAUCACGCGGGAAGAAGGAAGAGGAAGUUCAGGACUGAGAAUGACAUGCAUGUGAUGAAUAUGAGAACAAUGGACGAUAGCUCCCAUGACUAUCACAUCUCACUGAAUUCAUGUAGUAAUUAGAAUAAAUCAAACUACUUCAUGUAUUGUCUCCAUUUUGUUUGUUAUUCUCUGCUUAUUUCGACAGAUUAUAGUUUUCUUCAAUUUGCUUAUAUCCUGAGUCUGGCAAUGGUGUUCCAGAAAAUGGGUUUUUGUUUUAGCUUUAUAAGAACUGAGCAUCCUCCAA